UAGUGAGUGCUGAAACUAACUGUCCUCUGUCAUGAACACUGACCUUUACAUAAUACAUUUUCAUCAACGACUUGUUCCCACCCUUUCUGUACCACUCAAGGAAGCUUGAAAGAAAAGGAUCCUGCUCUGGUCAAGUUCUGCGUGCAGCAGGGGAGCAGAAAAUGGCUGCACAUAAAAACGGGAGUUUGAUACAUAUAAUAAAUAGAGCCAGUGUAUUCUUCAAAAAUGGCAGCUACCGAAAGAGAAUUUUAUUGACCUCUCUGAAACCUGUUCAGUGUCAGAGGCGAACAGUCUCCAGUAUCGGCGAUAGGAACACGAACUUGACACCGCACUUGAGCUCAAAUCUCGCUGGAUGGUCAUACAACGAGUUAUACGAAUUGUCUGUGAAAGAUCCGGAAACCUUUUGGGGAUCAAUUGCUAAAGAGAGGCUUACAUGGAAUAAACCAUUCGAUCAAGUGAGGGACUGCGAAAUUACUAGUGGGAAAAUCAAUUGGUUUCUUGGGGGACAGUUGAACGUUUCUGUGAAUUGUUUGGAUGUGCAUGUUGCCAAGCAUCCUGACAGAGUCGCCCUGAUCUGGGAGAGGGAUGAACCUGGGACGGAGGUAAAGGUCACCUAUAGGGAGCUACUUGAGACUACCUGCCGCCUAGCCAACACGCUGAAGAGGCAUGGGGUCAACAAAGGUGACCGGGUGGCCAUUUAUAUGCCAGUGUUGCCCAUCGCUGUGGCUGCCAUGCUUGCGUGUGCUCGUAUCGGUGCUGUGCACACGGUGGUGUUUGCUGGGUUCAGCUCAGAGGCCCUGGCUGGGAGGAUUCAGGAUGUUUCCUGUCUAUAUCAAGAAUGGUCCACCACCCAAAGGACAUCCAGCCAACUUGACACAGCUGUGGGAAGGAUUGGAGUCAACGUGGGCCAGCAUCCCUGUAGAACGCUUGUAGAGUCCAUGUCCUGACGAAUUGAGGCUGUUCUGAGGGGAAAACGGGGUGGAACUCAAUAUUUGGAAGGUGUUCUGAAUGUCUUGUACACUCAGUGUAUACCUCAAAGAGAACCAACAGAUAGCAAUUAGGCCUAUUGACAUCUUGCAAUUGUUAGAAGCUGCUUGCAUUUUCUCAAAGUACUUCAUAUUCUCAAUUAGACUGUGUAGUGAUGUGUCCGCAUGAUCGCAGAUCUCUCAGACUGUGUUCCCCAUCUCCCUGCAGCCCAGUGUAAAGCUGUGAUCACGUGUAACCAAGGUGUGAGGGGAGGCCGGUUCAUAGACCUGAAACCUACAGUAGAUGCUGCAGUGAAGAACUGCCCCACUGUCCAGCAUGUGUUUGUGGCCCAGAGGACCAGUAACCCAACUCCCAUGGGCAAACUAGACAUCCCAUUGGAGGAGGCGAUGGCCAGUGAGUCGGCACAGUGUGCUCCAGAGCCUAUGGGCAGUGAGGAGAUGCUUUUUAUGCUCCACACGUCAGGCAGUACAGGCAAGCCCAAGGGCAUUGUCCACACACAGGCUGGCUAUCUGCUCUAUGCUGCACUGACUCACCAGUAUGUCUUCGACUACCAUCCGGGCGAUGUGUUUGGCUGUGUGGCAGACAUUGGCUGGGUGACUGGUCAUAGCUAUGUGGUGUAUGGUCCUCUGUGUAAUGGUGCCACCACGGUCCUCUUUGAGAGCACUCCUGUGUACCCAGACCCCGGGCGAUACUGGGAAACAGUGCAGCGUCUGGGCAUUAACCAGUUCUACGGUGCUCCCACUGCCAUCAGGCUGCUGCUGAAAUAUGAGGAGAGCUGGGUCAAAAAGUACGACAGGUCCUCCCUCAAGACCCUCGGCUCUGUGGGGGAGCCUAUCAAUCACGAGGCAUGGGAGUGGUUCUACAACGUGGUGGGAGAUGGAAGAUGCCCCCUAGUGGAUACAUGGUGGCAGACAGAGACGGGAGGGGUGUGUAUUGCUCCAAGGCCAGCUGAAAAGGGUGCUGAAAUUGUUCCGGCCAUGGCCAUGAGGCCCUUCUUUGGCAUUCAGCCUGUUCUCAUGGAGGAGAAGGGUAAGCCUAUAUCAGGAAAUGAUGUCAGUGGAGCCCUUUGUAUUGGCCAACCAUGGCCUGGAAUGGCCCGGACCAUCUUUGGGGACCACAAGAGAUUUGUGGAUGCAUACUUCAAACCAUAUCCUGGUCAUUACUUCACUGGGGAUGGAGCAUAUCGGUCGAAAGAAGGCUACUAUCAGAUAACUGGGCGUAUGGAUGACGUAAUCAACAUUAGUGGCCACCGAUUGGGUACUGCUGAAAUUGAGGAUGCCCUGGAUGAACACCCAGCAGUUCCUGAGACUGCGGUGAUUGGUGUUUCCCAUGAUAUCAAAGGAGAGGUUCCCUUUGCCUUUGUGGUUUUGAAAGAAGACCCUUCCCUGAACCACACAGCAGUCGUUAAAGAGCUGAGAGGCCUGGUGGCCACUAAGAUAGCAAAGUAUGCUGUCCCUGACCACUUUCUGGUAGUGAAGAGACUUCCCAAGACACGCUCUGGGAAGAUCAUGAGGAGAAUCCUGCGGAAGGUGGCUAUGGAGCAGACAGGAGACCUGGGCGAUGUGUCCACUCUGGAUGACCCAUCUGUUGUCACAGAGAUCAUCAAGGCCCAUGCCCAGUACAAGAGCCUGACAUCUCAGAAUAAAUAAUGAAGUAGGCUUUAUCACUGCUAAGACGUUGUGUUGGCAACUUGGCACUGGUCACUUGAGUAACAGCUCACUUCACUCACUCCAUUCUGAAUUUUAUACUGUGCUGAAGCUGAGUCAGUUUUUUGACCACAGUCCUUCAGUUGUUCACUAUGUAUGGCUCAUUUAUAUAAGACAAGACAUUCAAGAUACACAGUACACCCAUUUCUUUCCCUUUAAGAAUCAUUAUCAUAAAGCCAAUAUCUCAUGAGAGAUUAAGAUUAUCAAAUGCACAGUAUUUUUUUUACUUCGUUUUUUAAAGAGCCACGCCGAUUGGCACGGGUGUUUUUCUGUUGCUCAUUAGAAAAACAAGAUUUCCGUCUGGGAUGUAUGUUUCCUGACCGUUGUUCAACCCAUGUUAGUAGGCCAAUGGACAUUUUAAAAUCAAAACACAACCUUCAUUUAUUUACAUGUUGUGAUGCACCGAUGUUCCAAACUCUGUUUUAGAAGAGACUGACUUUAUGAACAAAAUUAUCAGAUUUACACUUUGUAGUCAAUUUUGACACUAGAAUAAGUGUUUCUUACUCAUAUAGAUGUCACAUAUGCAGUUUUCAAAUGGAUUCUUGCUUUUUAAAGGCAGUUCUCUUUAAAGCUGCAAUAUGUAAGUCUAAGAAGUGGUAUUUUGUCUUUGUGCGCUAUUUCUAUGCUUCUCCUUCUUAAGUUUCGUUUUUGGGUCUUUUACCUUUCAGUUUUGUUCACCAGCUUCAAACAGCUGAAAAUACAAUAUAUUUUUAUGAAAAAUAUAUUUCACAGGGGUUUAGAUGGUAAAAUUACUUUACCUGCUUGUUUUGUCACAUCAACUGAAAUUAGGCGAACAAUUAGACUUUUAGCAACCAGGAAAUGGCGAUUUCUGCAUAGUACAUAUUUUAAAUAAGAAAGGCGCUGUAAUAAAUUAUGAAUAAUUCAUCCAGAAUAAUGGUGUUUUAUAUAUGUUAUCUUUAUAAAGGUCCUAUUUUAACAAAUGUUAUGAAAUAAAAAUAAAUUGCUCAAGGACGUGUUCACUUGAUUGAAACACUUACUUAAGAAUGAACUUUUUUCCCCAGAUUCAUUCUUCAUAAUAUCAAUGCCAUAUUUAAAUUAUAACAGAAUGAAUUGACUUUACGUUGUAAAUUCUUACAAAAAAUAAAGCAAGUAACAAACAUGA